AUGGAGGCUGAAGCUGCGAGUGCGACGGCUGCGACGACUACGACGACUGCGACUACGACGACGACGACAGGGUCACCGCCACCUUCGCAAUCACAGGCUGAAGACGAAGGCACACCGGUGAGACGGGAGAGCAAGCGGCUGCGGGACAAGGCGCCUGGACCGGUGCUGGUGAAUCUGCCGCCGCACCCACCACGGGACGGAUCGAACUCGACACCACUGCACUUUUCGACCAAACACUACCCAGCAAGUGCACAUGGGGAACGACGACAGCAGCAACACACACACUUUCCCCGACUGCCGCCAGACCACGCACCAGGGCCGCUGCCAGACGGAGCGAGCGCCAGCUUCUCGUAUCGCGGACCACCACAGCCACCUGUGCCGGGGGCAGCACCGCCAGUCCCGCCCCCGCCGGGUGGCACACCGCUCGUGCUGGACCGAGAGCGCCCGGCACCGGCAGCCGAAUUUGAAUACAGCGGGGCCUCGCAGCAGGCCGUGCUCGCCAACAUGCUCUCCCAGCGCAUCGACCAGGUCGACCAGUUGCGCACCCAGCUCGCCCAUGCCGAGGCCCGCAUCGCAAGCCUAAGCGCCCGCUCCAACCCCUCUGCUGCCCUCGCCCAGGCCGAGUCCCGUGCGGAACAGGCCGAGGCACGUCUUGCUGCCAUCAAGGAGGCAUGGCGCGGUGUCGAGUCCUAUCUCGACAUGCUCAGCCGCAGAGAGGCCGAGGCACGCUCUGCCUUUGUCCGCACCCUCGGCACGGGCGAGAUUGGUGUCCCCCCCAGUGUCCCCAUGUUUGCCAAUCCCCCCACCAGCCCCUAUCUCCCUGUCCGCCCCCCCGUGCCCCCCAAUGUCCCCACCCGAGGCACCACCUUCCCCGCCCUGCCCCCUGCCCCUGUCCCCGGCGGCAACCCCGUCAUAUGGCGGCACGAGAGCGGCCGACGACGCCCCGCUGCUGCCGAGGACAACGACGAGCCUCCGACUAAGCGCCCACGAGGCGAGCGCGAUCGACGGGGCCGGGACCGAGAGCUGCGAAAGGAAAAGGCCCGCUUCAGCGACUCGCCCAGUCCCCCGCCUGCUGGCAAGGUGGAAGGAGUCGGACCUCUCGCCCCCCAUUGCAUCGAUUACCGACAAGGACGCCGACCCGAUGCAGAUGCCGACGCAGACGAAGAGGUCGACCAGAUUGUCGACGAUGUCGAGAUGGCUCCUCCUUCCACCACCGCCACAUCCACCACUACCACCACCACCAAAAAGCCAACCUCGCCCGAUACAGGAGACAAGGACGCCGAGGGUUCUCCCGACACCGACACUGACCUCUCGGUCGACGAGGAGCUGCUCAAGCUCACCUCCAAGGCCAAGAAGCCCCGUCGAGAGCGAGAAUACGCCGAGGUCGACCGAGAGUUUGCGCGCACCGAUUACAGCGCCGCCUAUCCCCCCCAUCCCGAGUAUGGCCGCCACUAUGGAGGCUGGUAUGGCGAGUAUUACCAUCCAGAAGAGUAUCGCGAGCCCGUGGCAAGAGGAUAUCCUGCGCCUCCCAGAGCUGAAUUUGCCCAGCGAAAUGGCUCCGCCCCGGCAGGCGCUGCCCCCUGGUACGCCCACCUCAAGCCCAACCCAGCCCAGACGACCAACACCCAAGGCCAGCGCACAUGUCGCCAGUGCGGUCUCCCCGGUCGCUACAAGGAAGGCAAGUGUGUCGAAAAGUGGGGACCAGGUCCCGAAGGUCCCGGAACCGUCUGCGACCGAUGCCGCAAAAAGAUGAAGCGCGUUGAGCGCAGGGGCACGGCCGAUGCCUCGGUCCUCGCCCAGAACCUCUCCAUGUCGGCCCACCCGCCACCCCAGUCCUCGUUUUCGUCCCAGACCCAGACGCAGCCCCCACCCCCGACGACCCAGUCGACUCAAAUGAGCCAGACCCAGCUCGGCACCCAGUAUUCUCCUCCACCACGAUGGCAGAAUGGCCGCAGCUACGACAGUAAUGGUCCCGCUGCCGCCGACAAGCGCUACGACGUUCUUCCCAGGGACUAUGGAAAGCGCGAUGGCAGCGUCGAGGGCAAGGGAAGCAUCGCCAAGGAAAAAGACGCAGACAAGGAUGCCGAGGGUGAAGUUGCCUAG